AUUUCUCCUAAUAAAGUUAUUUAGUCGAGAGCCGUGACAGAUUUUCUCUGGUUAGUUGUUUGAUUAACACCAAUGGAUAUAUAAUAAACACUUCUUCUUGUCCACUUGUUCACUUAAGACAUGCCGUAUUUACAAGGCUGCCUGCAAAGAUGGGCAUUUUGUCAUACAUGUGCAUGUAUUUAAUCAUUCAAGACCUAUAAAGAGGCCAACGUAACAGUUCAGUACUCUACGUGCACAGUCUUCAUGAUUUCUUUUCACCGCUAAGUGCAUCUCAGUGGCUUAAAAUCAAUCGUUUUAAAGGAAAUGCUUAAAAAUGUGUGCAACUAUGGGUUUUCGUGACCACGUAUAGCACAGCAUGUAAGCAUGGUACAGCUGAUACCAGUUUGACAAAUUUAUACCAGUUAAUAGUGUCCACCGGUACAGAUAUCACCCUCCUCUCUUGCGCUUAUAUAAUACGGGUAAUAAUUUCACUCAAUUAUUUCUCUGUGUUUAUCGUACUACAUCAAAACCGGUACAAAAUACAGUUAAUACGCCUAUGCAAGCAUAGUCACAUAAGAGAAAACAGACAAAAUAGAGAAAACAGACAAAACAGACAAAAGUGCAAGGUAUAGUGAAUAGUUUAUAGUUUGUCAGAGUUCAUCGGCUUUGGACAAUAGUGACUAAAGUCCACUUACUCUGGCAGUGUUUGGGGUUCAACCGGUAGCCUUCAGUUAAAUUAUAUGCCUGAUCUGGCUGGACUAUAUUUAGCAACACUUUGCCAAAGAAUGCAUGGACAACACCAUGAAGACAUUUAAAACCGGUCCCGUAAGAUCAAGGUAGCAGUGGAAGGAUUUAAGAGCGCUCCGAGACACGAGUGGUCACUGGAGGCUCAGAUGGAAUAGGCAGAGCAUAUGCUGAAGAGCUUUCAAAACUAGGCAUGAGCGUGAUCAUCAUCAGCAGAAACCAAGAGAAGCUUGACAGAGCAGCGAAGAAGAUCGAGCUCACUACAGGACGGGAAGUCAAAGUGAUAGCUGCCGACUUCACCAAAGAUGAUAUAUACGGACGCAUUCAAGAAAACAUCGAGGGUUUGGAAAUUGGUGUUUUAGUGAACAACGUGGGGAUUCUGCCCAGUCAAAUACCCUGCAGGCUGCUUGAAACGUCUGACCUGGAACAAAGAAUAGAUGAUGUUAUCAACUGCAAUGUGAAAGCCAUGGUUAAGAUGUGCAGAAUCACUCUACCAGGAAUGCAGCAAAGAGGAAGAGGAGUCAUCCUGAAUGUGGCCUCUGGCAUAGCCAAAAUACCUUGCCCCAUUUACACCCUCUACGCAGCAUCCAAGGUUUUUGUUGAGAGAUUUUCACGGGGUCUUCAAGCAGAAUAUAAAUCCAAGGGAAUUAUUAUACAGGCGGUGGCUCCGUUCGGGGUUUCAACACCGAUGACAGGACACCAGAAGCCGGAUAUGGUCACAUUCACACCUGAAGAGUUUGUGAGGAGCUCACUGAAGUAUCUGAAGGCUGGCGACCAAACAUACGGCAGUGUUACCCAUGCUAUACUGGGCGGGAUCGUGCAGUCCAUUCCCACCUGGGUCCUGCGGAGCGAAGCAUUUCAGCACCAUUUUAGGGAAUAUGUGAAGAUGAGGGUCGGAUGCUGAGAGCUGUCCUUCUAUAAGUAUAUGUACAGUAUUGAACAUUUGAUACCUAAACACCAAAACUAAAUUAGUUUGCGCUAAUUAUGACAAUACUUUUUUGUCAUUAAUGGAAGGCCGGGAAAGAAAGGGAGAGGAAGAAAAACUGACAGGUCUUUGUUUACCCACAGUCCUUCAAAAUACACUACAUCAGUGUCAAUAACAGAACACAUUAUCGUUAUUAAUCAUAAUCAUAUCAGUAGAAAGGAGAUAGUUGAGCCGCGCUGACCUUGAUAACAUUAACAGAAGGACAAUCCCGCGAAAGGCCAAAUGACAGAGCGGGAGAUGUGGCCUUGUUAGUUUUCGUCUAUAUUUUGAGAUUAGAAAUGUUUGGUCGUAUUUAAAGUGCGUUUUAUAAAAAAGAAAACAUUAACAUCCACUAAACACUCAAAGGGAUAUUUGGCGCCACCUAGCGGUUAAACGAAGUAGUGAUCUUUACAUCUUGAAGGUGAUUAAAUGUUACGAUUUUAAGUCGUUAUCCCCUUAUAUCGACGUUUACGUGAUUAAUCACCGUAUCCACAGCAUAAUUAUGAAAACGCUGACAGCGCAACAAGAAAAAAGAAAUGUAUAUUAAUAUACGUAUGACGAUAACUUACAGCAUUUUUGUUUUUAAAAAAGGACCGCUAUAUUCACCGCAUUAAUUGUGUUAUGUCUCGUUUACCUUUUAACUACGGCAGUCCUUCGGCCGGCAGGGGGCAGAGUUUUGACUGUUAGCUGUGCUGAUUCUCUGGAGUCGAGUUUCAAAUGUGUCUCGAAGAUGCUGAGCAGCUAAAGGAUGUAAACAAGUGCAGUCUGAUGGGGGAUUUCCACGCAGAUGUAGUUGUUAAUAAAGUCGUUCGCCCUUGAGCGAGCUGUCCUGAUUGAAAUACAGUUGACAGGAUAACUAUCAGUUUUCACUUGUAUUAAAGGGGUUUCUGUUUUUACUACAGGGAAUUUCCACUAAUAAUUUAUAAUACUACUGCUUGCAACAGAAAAGACAUUUAUGUGGAAUAAAACUGAGGCAAUAAUAAAAA